GCUAUUGUCCCAGUGAAACACGUGUUUGGCCAACAAUUGUUCCGCGGUUGAGAACACCUCGAAGACGUCACAUAGGAGGAGAACGAAACAAGAUGGCGUCUGGCGGAGAAUACGUUGUUUUGGUUGUUAUGGUUUCUUGGUCUUAAUUACAACGUCGUUUAACAGAGUACAAAUAAUCAGUAUCUUGAUACAUUAGUCUAAGUGCACUUAUACGUGCUAGCCGAGCCUGCUGGUUAGCUUAGCUUGUUAGCUGCUAACAAAGACAGGCGGAGGUGAUCGACACAUCAAAGCAGAGAUCCAAUACGUCUGUGAAGAACAACUUCUGCCUGAAAAACAGGAGUGCAGCUUCAGGAUGGUGAAGGAGGAUCCAUCAAAGAGGAAGACCAAGCGCCACGGACCCUCUGGCGUCUCCUUUUCCUCUUUGACACAGACCCUUCCCUGUAAAAAGGAGGAGGAAGAGGAGGAACACAGUAUGAGUCAGGAGGGAGAGCAUAUUGAAGGACUGGUGGAAUUCCCAGUGACUGGUGUCCCUGUGAAGAGUGAAGAUGAUGAGGUCGAAGGUGAAAGUGAGGAGAAGAGAGAGGCGGAGCCUCCAAGCAGCAGCUCAACACAACACAUGACAACAGAAGCUGAUGGAGACCACUGUGGAGGAUCACAAGCAGACAAGCUCUUAGCUCCACUAUCAGAUAGUGAGGACACAACGUCACACUCUCCUGACACUGAUGAUGAAGACUCUAAAGAUGAUAAGACAUGUCACACUGACAACACUCACUUCAAGUGUGCUCACUGUGACAGAACCUUCAAAUACCCUUGUCAUCUGAAAACACACAUGAGAAGACACACCGGAGAAAAACAUUUUAUCUGUUCAAUAUGUGGAAGAGGUUUUACACGAAGUCAGAGUUUGAAAUUACACAGAAUAAUACACACUGAAAAAAAACCUUUUAUGUGUUUAAUCUGUAGCAAAGGUUUUGUUCUAAGUAACCUUUUGAAAGAACACAUGAGAACACACACUGGUGAAAAACCUUUUAUCUGUUCAAUCUGUGGUAAAGGUUUUGUACAAAAUAACAAUUUGAAAGUACACAUUAGAACACACACUGGUGAAAAACCUUUUAUCUGUUCAAUCUGUGGUAAAGGUUUUGUACAAAGUAACAAUUUGAAAGUGCACAUGACAACACACACUGGUGAAAAUACGGUUUCUUGUUCAACCUGUGGUAAAGGUUUUACACGAAAUCAAUAUUUGAAAGUACACAUGAGAACACACACUGGAGAAAAACCUUUUUCCUGUUCAAUUUGUGGUAAAGGUUUUACACAUAGUCACCAUUUGAAAGUACACACGAGAACGCACAGUGGCGAAAAACCUUUUUCCUGUUCAAUCUGUGGUAAAAUUUUUAUACAGGGUAACAAUUUGAAAGUACACAUGACAACACACACUGGUGAAAAAACUGUUUCCUGUUCAACCUGUGGUAAAGGUUUUACACAAAGUCAAUAUUUGAAAGUACACAUGAGAACACAUUCUGGUGAAAAAACUUUUUCCUGUUCAACCUGUGGUAAAGGUUUUACACAUGGUCACCAUUUGAAAGUACACACGAGAACGCACACUGGCGAAAAACCUUUUUCCUGUUCAAUAUGUGGUAAAGGAUUUACAGAGAGUCAACAUUUGAAAAGACACAUGAGAACACACACUGGUGAAAAAUCACAUUCCUGUUCAAUCUGCAACAGAAGCUUUUGUGAACGACCAAACCUUGUAGUACACAUGAGAACACACCCAGGAGAGAAAGUGUUGAGUUGCAGUGUGUGUGGUGAAAGAUUCUCUUAUAAGUACCAGUGUAAGAAACACAAGUGUGCUGGUGAGAACAGCAGCAGCAAAUGAAACUGCAGGAUUUGAAAUAAACUGUCAAGAUGGAUGGAUGGAUGGACUUUAAUUUUGGCUUUCUAACAACAUCAGCACAUAUAACAUGUGUGGCUUUGUUGUUUGUGUAACAAUCUUUUAAACAUGCUUCUACAUUUAUAGAAUAUAUAUUUUUAUUAGUGUUUUUUUCAAUCAAGUACAUACAUUAAUAUGCAACAUUGUGUACUUUUAUUAAAAAUUUAACAUAACAAUUUGGCUGAAACGGUAAGAGUAAACAGUACAAGACAUAUUUUACAUAAAAUAAACAUUUUAUGUGUAUAUUUAUAUAUUCAUCAGACAAUUUUAGACUUAUUCUUAAUACUGUUUUUAUAGGUGCUUGAAAUAUUGAAAUGUGACAUAUUUGUAUUUCUAAUUGUUAAUAAUCCCAUAGAUAAGCACCUUUAUAUGGUAUACAUAUGUACUGGUUCACAUCUGAAACAUCUUCUGGACCACUUCAGGAAGCAUAUUAUUAUUUACUUUAUACAUCAUUUGAACAGUUGUUUUUUAUACAAUUUUAAAAUGUGUGACUUUAUGAAUCAUUUGUUGGGUCUCUAUACCAUUUUAUCAAUUAUCUUUAUUACUCUCUUUUGUAAUAUGAUGAUUGUGUUGUGAUUGUUUUAUAUGUAUGUCCCCAGACCUUUAUGCAUUAUAAAAUUGAGAGAAAA